UUGUGUAUUCAAUCAAAUAAGAUCGCGUUAGAAAUGAAUAAAAUUGUGUGGAUAGGAAGCCUGAAUAAGUCGCUUGGCUAUGGCAGCAAGAAGGAGGCACCUCUUUUGAGACCAGGCGAAAGGGUGUGGCUCAAUGCAACUAGGCAAAAAGGACAAAAACCCGUGAAGGACUCAGCACCAGCACCAAAGUUGAGGAGGAGCAAGAAGUUCUACGGAUACAGCAUUGUGCUGGGCAGUCUCUUCAGCACCAUUCUGUGGGCUGUUUACGAGCUGGGCAAACCCGAGGUGGAUCAUCGCGGUCCAAUCGAGGACGAGUUCAGCCAGCUGCCCUGGUUCCGUCAGUACUUGACGAGGAUGUGGCACUCGCUGCAGUACUACCAGAAAAUGAUGGAGGAACCGCAGAUGGUGAAGUUGCUGCCCGACGUGCUGCCACCUCCCUACAUACAACCGCCCUACUCACUCGUCCUGGAGAUCAAGGAUGUGCUGGUGCAUCCGGACUGGACCUACCAGACGGGCUGGCGGUUUAAGAAGCGUCCCGGUGUCGACUACUUCCUGCAGCAGUGCAGUCGGAACUUCGAGAUCGUGAUCUACACCUCGGAGCAGGGGAUGACCGCCUUUCCGCUCCUGGACGCCCUCGAUCCCUACGGCUACAUCAGCUAUCGGCUGGUGAGGGGAGCCACUGAGCUGGUGGAGGGGCAGCACAUCAAGAACCUGGACUACCUCAAUCGGGAUCUCAGCCGUGUCAUUGUGGUGGACUGUGACCCGAACACCACGCCACUGCAUCCCGAAAAUGGCCUGGUGAUGACCAAGUGGCUGGGCAACGACGACGACGUCCAGCUCUUCGACCUCACCGCCUUCCUGCAGUUGGUGGCCGAGCACCAGGUGACCGAUGUGCGGGAGGUGCUGCGCUACUACCGCCAGUUCGAGGACCCCAUCGAGCAGUUCAAGGACAACCAGCGCCGCCUGCAGGAGCAGAACCAGGAGAACACCCACGUGUCCGCCUCCGGGGAACGCCAGUGGAACCUCACUCUCAUGGGGCGCUCCUUGCGGGGCUCCUAGCUCUGGAUUGAUUGCGUAUAGCCAAGGCAUCUUACUAGUUCAAAAACUCAACCUAUAUUGCAGGUGCACUGUUAACUUCAAAGUAAAUUAAUAACCAAAUUCAAGUUUAAAA